CUACAUUAGCCUUUCUCCUCACCUCGAUCGCUCUUCGGUUUCGACACGAUGGCAGAAACUGCGGAGGCAGCGCCAAUUCUGAACAAAAACAAGAAAAACAGGAAGGAAAAGCCUUGGGAUACGGACGACAUUGACCAGUGGAAAGUUGAAUCAUUCAAGGCGGAAGACAACAAGGGCGGUACCUUCAAGGAGGAGUCCUCGUUCGCUACCCUUUUCCCGAAGUACAGAGAAAAGUACUUGCGUGAAGUAUGGAGUGCUGUAACACAGGCAUUGGAUGCCCACGGGAUAGCUUGCUCGCUCGACCUGAUCCAUGGAUCCAUGUCCGUUCGGACGACUCGAAAAACAUACGACCCCUACAUCAUCCUCAAAGCUCGUGAUAUGAUCAAGCUCCUCGCUCGUGGUGUGGCCGUUGGGCAAGCCGUGAAGAUCCUGGACGACGCCGUAGCCUGCGAUAUCAUCAAGGUUGGCAACAUCGUGCGGAAUAAGGAGCGGUUCGUAAAGCGGAGGCAGAGGAUCAUUGGGCCCGACGGCAGUACGCUCAAGGCCAUUGAGCUGUUGACACAAUGCUACGUUCUCGUCCAAGGGAGCACUGUCAGUGUUAUGGGGCCGUACAAGGGCCUUAAAGAGGUCCGACGGAUAGUUCUCGACUGCAUGAAGAACAUCCACCCUAUAUACAGGAUCAAGGAGCUCAUGAUUAAGCGCGAGCUUGCAAAAGAUCCCCAACUUGCCAAUGAAUCAUGGGAUCGCUUCUUACCCAAGUUCCGCAGAAAUCACCUCAAGACAUCGGAUAAAACUUCACGGAAGAAUGAGCGGAUACAGGAGAAGAACGAGGCGAGGAAGGCUGCGGGCUUGGAACCGAUUGGGCCGGGCAAGAAGGAGGCGCCUGCAAAGAAAGUUUAUACCCCCUUCCCGCCGCCGCAGAUGCCUCGGAAGAUCGACUUGCAGCUGGAGUCCGGAGAGUACUUCCUCAAGGCGCACGAGAAGCUUGAUCGCGAAGAGCGAAGACGGAAAGAAAAGCAAGAGCAAGUCAUUGAAGAGCGGCGCGCCAAACGUGCUGAGGCAUUUGUGGCGCCAGUCGAGGAUGUUGCUCCCACUGUUCAGGAGAAGCGUAAGCGACGCCGAGAGCAGCCAGCGGAGGAUGCCAGUACGGCUCACGAUGAAGAGCGGAAAGAGAAGAAAAAGAAGAAAAAGAAAGCAAAAGUCGAAAACGGUGAUGAGAGUGCAUCAUAGUCGUAGAAGACGACGACAACAGUGCCGUCUGCCUUGUGUUUACUUCUCAUUCGAUAUGUACUAUUCCUUUGCGUACUUUGCCUCGACAUCCUGGUUUGAGCCGUGCAGCGUGACGC